AUGAGAAGGAAUUAGCAGAACUUCGCAGGAAGUAUGAAGUUAAAUUUCGUGACGCCGAGGUUGUGUUUCAGCAACAAAAGAUGGAGCUGGAUACAUACUAUAAAACAGUUCUUCUAAAUCAAGCCUUGGCUGAGGCUUUUAGGAUUAAAAAUCAUAGCGCAUCUGGUAAAUCAGGAAUGCAGAAAGAUGCAAGUUUUACGCAGCAGUUACUUCAGUUUAUAACACAGCGAUCUGCUUCUCGGCCCCCUCAGGUUGGUUCGCCUUCCCGUGGUCCUAUCGGCAGAUCUCACGCUGUGGCCCCCCCGCCUCCACGGCUCGCAUACAAUACAACUGGAGUUUUCUCCAGCGUUCCUGCAAGAUCACCUCAUCCCCACCCCAUGCCUUCACCCUCAGUAAAUUUUGAAGCUAGUGGAGAAAUCCGUGCUCCCGCACCACAUCUGCAGCCUUAUCGACCUUCAACACCUGUGCCUGCUUCUGGUACUGGUACAGGUACAGUUCCACCUGGGAUGCCAACUCACCCUGCAUUGGGUAACAUUUCUUUAAAUCCUGUGUCACUUCCUUCCCAGCCACCAUUGCAGUUGCCGAGGCACCAUCAGCCUGAUCCUCAUAGGGGUCUUUCGCCUGUGACUUCAGGUGGGUUACCCCCUCCUAACUUAUCUGCUAACAAUCAAUCUGAUAAGAAUGCGCCGAAUAUUUUGCCUCGUCUGUCACAAUUGGCUUCGCUGGACCUAAUGACGAGGUUAGGCAGCGGCAGUAACAGACGACCACCCAAUGCAUCCGUUCAAGCUACAUCAUCAGAUGUAGUGUGUCUAUCGGAUGAUGAUGAGUGAUGAUCAGUUCCAUCGUUGAUUCCUUUUUUAAUUUUUUACCCUAACACUAGGGCCUAGGACAUUAAAUUGCAACCUUUCUUCCCCUACUAGAGGGGGCUUUCUGAGGUCUGACAUGAGUUUAGAAGGGCAGAUAUUAUGAUGUUGUUGGAGCCACGGUAGUGUGUUUCUGGAUGUUCUUGUAAUGUAAAAUGUAAAUAUAUGUAAUGCAGUUAAUUGUUUGUCUUCUCUGUAUUGACUAUUGGAGCUAACUGUUUUAUUAUUUUGGCGAUCAUGAUUCGUUAGUUGGGUUCAUAA